GAGAGAGAGAGAGAGAGCAUGCGUGUAUACGUACACGUGUGGGUGCGUGAGAUUAAAGGAAUCUCCUCCAGUCUCUCAGUAACACAUGGAAGCUGCUGCUGAAGCCGAGAGGAAUUUAGAACAUGCAGACUAAACACUGAAGCAGAAUCAGGAACGAUGCUAACCGUCCCGUUUGAAGAAGCGCACGCCACGCGCGAGCUCAGGUUCGGCGCGUCCAACGUGGGGUCAAAAGAGACAACGGAGGAAGAGGAGGAGGAUGAAGAGGAGCGGGACGGGAGGAGAGGACCACGCCGGAGGAGAGGAGGAGGAACUGGAGGAGGAGGAGCAGGGGGGUCUGGCUGUACAGAGCGGUCGCGCGCGCGGCGUCAGGAGGCGAACGCGCGUGAGCGCACGCGCAUGCACGGCCUGAACGACGCGCUGGAGAGCCUGCGGCGCGUGGUGCCGUGCCACUCCAAGACGCAGAAGCUGUCCAAGAUCGAGACGCUGCGCUUGGCCAGGAACUACAUCCGGGCCCUGUCGGAGACGCUGCGCGCAGGCACGCGGCCCGACUUGCUGGCGUUCGCACGCACGCUCUGCGCGGGCCUCUCGCAGCCCACCACCAACCUGGUGGCGGGGUGCCUGCAGCUCAACGCCGCGCGCUUCCUCGCGGACCACGGCGGCGGAGCAGGAGCAGGAGAGGCGCACUAUGACUCGGCCUACGGGGCCACGCCCAUAGGCCACGCCCACCACGCAGGAAGCAGUACCGGUAGCGUGGACAGCGCCAAGCCGCUUCGACCCUACGGCUACUGCUCCUCGUCUGCUUACGAGCACGGGGGCGGCUACGAGCUGAGCAGCUGCGGCCCGAGACUCGAGCCCCCCCUCAGCUACGACGGCAUCUUCUCGUUCAGGACGCGCGAGCACGAGGCCGCAACGGCGGCAGCAGCGGCGGCAGCUGCGGCGGCGGCGGCAGCGCGCGCCAAAGACUCUCAGUACACGCACAGCGGCGCGCUCACGCACUUUCCCUACGAGCUGCACCUGCACCAGACCUUCCAGAGCCAGGACGAGCUCAACACGGGCUUCCACAGCUGAACCGAGAGCACCUGGAACAGUUUACAGUUAAAUGGAGAAAUAAUCGAAUAUUUCUUCAUUAAUCAUCAGAUUUAACGGUCAAAAAGAGACAAUGUGGAAAACACUGUUUGACCAGUUAAAGAGUGAAACUUUAAACAUAUAAACACAGAUAAAAUGGACAAAUGCAGUGGAAAGUGGAAAAUACAGUUUUCGCAGAA